UCAGCAUCACCACUUUAAUUUGAAUUCCCGGAGGAACAGAUAAUUCAUUGAGUUGUUUGUCAUGGAAAAUGGGGAGCUUAGCAAUGUAUAUGAAAAAACAGAGAAAACUAGGUUUUAUGAAAUUCCAAAUUUAGAGGAAGGAGAAUGUGAACAAGUUUCUAAUCAGAGCACUGGAGAUUCACCCUCUCCUUGUUUAAUUGCCAUGCUAGACAACAUGGACAUCAGAUGUAAGAAUAGCAUAGAAAUUAGCCAGCAAAACUCUUGUUCCUCCCAGCAUGGCUUUGAUAGGGGAGAAGAAACAGAUUCUCCACAAGAUGGUCCUGAAGACCAGCAACACUGCGACAAAGAUAGAGAGGACAGAGCAUUUGAAAGAGCAAUGAAUACUGAGGGCAUUUUCAAAAGUUUUAAAACUACUGUCAGAUUUCCCUGCAGCCAGAAUUCAGAAGAAAACAACAAUUUUCCAAAAGAAGAACAUAAGAUUUUCCUUAUUGUUAAGGCUGGCGUAGAUGGAGAAAGCAUUGGGAACUGUCCAUUCUCACAGCGACUUUUCAUGAUACUUUGGCUCAAAGGGGUUGUAUUCAAUGUAACCACAGUUGACCUGAAAAGAAAGCCAGCUGAUUUACAUAAUUUAGCUCCUGGGACCCACCCACCAUUCCUGACUUUUAACGGAGAAGUCAAGACAGAUGUCAACAAGAUUGAGGAAUUUUUGGAGGAAACCCUUUCACCUCCAAAAUAUCCUAAGCUUGCAGCCAAGCAUCGUGAAUCCAAUACUGCAGGCAUAGAUAUAUUCUCCAAAUUCUCUGCAUUUAUAAAAAACACAAAGCAGCAGGACAAUAACAAUCUCGAGAGAGGGUUAACAAAGGCUUUGAAGAAGCUGGAUGACUAUCUGAGAAAUCCUUUGCCUGAAGAGAUACAUGAAAGCAACACAGAAGAGGAAAGAGUGUCAAAACGCAGGUUCCUUGAUGGGGAUGAACUGACCCUUGCCGACUGUAACCUCCUGCCGAAGCUUCAUGUGGUCAAGAUUGUAACAAAGAAAUAUCGAAAUUAUGAAUUCCCAGCAGAGAUGACAAGACUUUGGCAAUACCUGAAUAAUGCUUAUGCUCGGGAUGAAUUCAUCAACACUUGUGCUGCAGACAAAGAGAUUGAAAUAGCUUAUGCAGAAGUAGCUAAACGGCUUUGCAAAUCCUAAUCAGAAUCAGCAAGAUCCAUUUCUCCAGAGAAUUCCUGUUUCAUAGAUGCUUCUCCAUAAAUGCCUUCAAAUGCCUUCAUGUAUGUAUGAAUGGAUGAGUAUUUGAUAACUUUGAUAAAGUUGAUAACUUUUCUAGAUGGCAUCUUGGGUGAUAUUUCACUGAUGAAAUACUGGGUGAAGACAGUGUGGAACAGAGAAAGCACAACCAAACUAUUAUGUUUUAUAAUUUAUGAUUUGGCUGGCGUACUGGGGGAGAAAAAAACCCUUACCUUUUCCUAGAGAAAAUGUUGGAUAGUGAAGGACAGGAGAAAACAUUCCUGAAAUCUUUACCAAUAAACUGGAACAAAUACUAUAUGAUCAGUAUUUUGAUACCUUUUGGUUUCAGUCAUAUACCAUGACUAAAAAUUUAAAGGCAAAUAUAAACUAUAAUUUUG